AUUACGCAAUGAUAUAUAUAUAUAUACACACAUGUAUAUCAAUUCGGAGUAUCCCAAUAAACAAGAAAAUGAGUUUUCAGUAUUUACUUUUUUUUGUCUUUAUGUUUACUAAAUUCGAGGACAAGUUCUUCCUUCGUGUGCAACCGACCAGUGAUAAACAUUUUCAUGCAGUGCAAUAGCACUAACAACGUGCGGAUUCUGAAGGAAAUCUUGACGAAUGUACAAAAAUUACCUAUGAAUACUGAAGUGGACAACAAGAGAAUCUUCAACGCUGCUUACGGUAAAAUGGCAAAACAGAGCUCCACCUACACCACACAAUACCACGCAGCGGCUGUCACCAAUGGAUUGUUAUCAGAUUACUCUCACACCAGAGUAGAAACAAAACCCUGGCUCCUGAUAGACCUUGGGAAACAGUUCUAUGUAUUUGAAGUUGAAAUUUACAACGUUGACGAAAAGGUGCAAUGUUGCGCAUACCGCUUCCAUGACGCAAAUAUACGGGUUGGACCAUCGCUGAACACCAUGGAACUGUGUGGACAUUUCACGGGACCAGGGGUAAACAAGCAGCGCAUCGCAAUACGCUGUCCGACACUGAAAAGGGCAAGAUACGUCAAAAUCCAAAUUGUCAAGGGCACUGGCAAUUAUCUUCAUCUAGCCGAGGUAAAGGUCUGGGCCGUCAAUGUGUAAACAACACACUGUACUAAAUCCAAGGUGUAGUCAACAUACGUACAUUGUACCAGUAUAUUGCACAAUAAAGAUUCUCUUGUGAUGAU